AUGCCUCUCGAAAAUCGACCGCGACUUUCCCGCAUACCCCUUAGCAAGCGAAAUCGGGCUGUCGUGCGGGCUCUUAACCCAAUGCUGGUGACCUAUUUGGAAGCCAGCCGGGACCUUUGCGAGACGGACUCAAUUCCUUUUGGCGCCGCACUGGCAGUAUGCCGUAUUAUUGGCGCCAAACUUCCCGUGGCUGGACGUGCUACUCAAAGAAGUAGCGCCAUCCCAGCCUGGAGAAAAAGAAUUGAGGACCGUAUCGCAAAGGCAAGGGCCCUUAUGGGCAGACUGACAAGCUUCAGGUCGGGUAAUAAUAGACUGAGAGUUGUGCUCACCGUUAGAAUGGCGUUUGCUGGGACAAAUAUUAGUUUGUCCCAGCCGGAUAUCACGCAGAAACUAACGGAGCGCAUAGAUGACCUGAAGCAAAAAAUCGCUGCUUGGGGGAAGCGGAUUCGACGAUUUAGCGAGAGGUCAAGACGGUUCAACCAGAAUCGUCUCUUCCAGAGUGAUUGA